CCCCUUUAUAUUCAUCCUAAAUUGUUAUUUUGUCCACUCUAUUCUUUCUUUAACUUCCCUUGAACAUCUUUACAUGAGAAUAAUGUAUCUUAAUUACUUAUUUCUUUUAAGUGUUCUCUUGAUGACCGCAGUGGUCGANGGAUACAGAACAUCAUCUGAAGACCCUGUACGUAACCGUGACGGAGGACGAAAGGAUCAGAAGCGUGACAUUAUUGAACGAGGAUACAGAACAUCAUCUGAUUACCCUGUACGUAACCGUGACGGAGGACGUAAGGAUCAGAAGCGUGACAUUAUUGAACGAGGAUACAGAACAUCAUCUGAUUACCCUGUACGUAACCGUGACGGAGGACGAAAGGAUCAGAAGCGUGACAUUAUUGAACGAGGAUACAGAACAUCAUCUGAUUACCCUGUACGUAACCGUGACGGAGGACGUAAGGAUCAAAAGCGUGACAUUAUUGAACGAGGAUACAGAAAAUCUUCUGAUUACCCUGUACGUAACCGUGACGGAGGACGUAAGGAUCAAAAGCGUGGAAUCGUAGUCUAGACGAUUACCAUAGGAAAUACAUUAUAAUUUUACACAAUGUAUAUCUAAAUUCUUAUAGUCUGUGUGAACUUGGAAAAUUACUGGUCUAUUUUCCGUUUAUUUAUUUAUAAUCUGUAAUUUUUUUU